GCAUCAUUGGGGUACACUGGUACAGGCUUGUUGUACAAAUCAUAGAUAUACACAUAUUGUUGGUUCAACCUAUGCAGAUUGGGCUGGUUUUCUUUGGAAUAGAAGGCCUAAUGUAUUCAGAUUUUGUAUCCUUUGUUGGAAAUCUUGUAGUUUGUAGUUGCACGAUCAAGCGUGGAGGCAGAACAUCAAGCAAUGACACGUAGAACCUGUGAUCUACUUUGGGUUAACCACUUCCUCACAAAAGUUAUUGCAAGUUUGGUUAUAUGAAGUGAAUUUGUCAUAAUCAAGAAGCCUUGCAAAUGGCAUCCUAUCUCACGGACAAAAAUAUUUAAGUUGAUUGUUACUUUAUACGAGAAAGGGUCACAUCCACCUCGCAUUGGCCGACCCCCUAUAGGAGGGUUUUAGUGUCUCCAUUAUUGCAGCUUCAUUUUCUGUUUUGCUCAAGUCUGCUAACAACUUGUUAAGAACACAUGAACAUGAUCUUGUCCUGGGACGUGUUUGAGAGAGAGUUGUCUGAAUAAAAUGAAACAAUUUUUAUUGUUAAAUUCGUCAGUGUACAGCCUUGUCAAGACACAAAACUAAUUAUCCAAAACGUAAUUUAUUCCAUAAUGAAAACCCCCUCAUGUAGACGCCACCAGAGUCCGUAAGGAUAGGAAAUAAGAUCUGCAAAGCUAGUACAACUCAAAAACGAAAGACUAACUAAACUAGAAUUAAUGAAUAUAAUAAUGACAAUAAUAGGAAAAAAUAACUGUCUCCGAGUCUAAUCCCUUUAAGAUAUUUAAUAGGACACAAUCAUUCUCUGCAUGUCCAGACACUUCCGGUUCUUGGCUGCUCGGCUAUUUGGCCUAUUUGGUGUAGGCUAUAAGUGGUCCCCAAAAGGAGUCCACAGCUUGAUGCUGAUGAGCUAACCCAUUCUACCAGUGGCUGGAUAGGGAUACUAACUAAACUAGCAGGCCACAAGUGCCUGUACAGGGCUGCUCUUCUUCUGGUUUCUGGGCUGGACUAUCGUUUGGGUCAAUCAGCCUAACGCCAAUCCAAUAAAUAUAACUCUUUCAUGUUGGGGUAAAUAGUGCUUGGACCUAUAUCCCAACAAUAACAAUAAGGAAUAAGGAAAAUGAUAACAGUGGUCCUUACUCCUUCGAGGGUAUAGUUGAGAAUCAAUGAGACCUUAGUUUUUAUGCCAUUUCCAAGAAACAAUCAACUUUUUACUACAUAAUACUUAAUGGGCUAAUUUGAUAAACUGUUUGUUUUUGACACGCUAAAGUAAAAAGCGUUUACACUAUGAUUUAGUUAGCUGAUGAAUUAGUUGUUGUUGGAAUGCUGAUCGUCAUCAUCAUCAUUGCCCAGUGCCGCAAAGGCUCCCACCAACGGUGGGAUAAGGGGUAGGGGUGGACUCGGGCCGGUUCGGGCCUGGGCCCGGCCGGACCUCGGUUCAGGAAAGGGGAGGCCCGUAACCGGCCCGGGUAACCCCCUGGUCCGGGCCGGGCCGGGCCGGGCCUCGGUUCAAUUUUUUUUUUUUUUGCCUUUUCCUAAUUAACCCCUACCCCCCCCCCCCCUCACCCCCAAACCAUCCCAAACCAUCUCAAAUGACCCAAAAUACCCAACCCAAAAACUUAAAAAAAAAUCAAAAAAAAAAAAAGAAAAAUAAAUAAAAUGGCCCGGACCGGGCCCGGACCGGCCGGGCCGGUUCACGUUUUGAGGGGCCCGAGCCCGGACCGGAACCCCAGCGGGUCGGGCCUACCCAAACCAGUCACUGACCGGGCCACCGGGCCGGGCCGGAACAGUGCCGGUUCGGGCCGGUUCCGAGUUGGGCCACCCGGCCCGAGUCUAGCCCUAGUAAGGGGGGGUCGGAUGUACGCAGCCUUACCCCUGUACUGAAGCACAGAGAGACUGUUUCCGGAUGACCCAUAGUGAAAAACGCGGUCGAAAAUAACAUGGACUAACUGCCGCUUCAUCAUAAAACAGAAGCACAGACACUUUAAUGAGACAUUUUGCUUUAUUCCAUUAUAUUACCAAGCCAAAAAAAAUAAUGAGUCUUUGGCUCCAUUGCAAAUGAUGGAAAUGUUGUUGGAAUGCUGAUCUCAUUUCAUUUUCAUUUUCAUUUACCCCAGUGCCGCAAAGGCUCCCACCUACGGUGGGGUAAGGGGGGGUCGGAUGUACGCAGUCUUACCUCUGUACUAAAGCACAGAGAGACUGUUUCCGGAUGACCCAUAGUGAAAAUCGAGUCCAAAAUUGCAUGGACUGACUACUGCUUCAUAACAAAGAAGCGCAGACAGUUUAGUGAGUCAUUUUGCUUUAUUCCAUCAUAUUUUCAAGCCAAAAAGUAAUGAAUCUUUGGCUCCAUUGCAAAUGAUGGAAAGUUGUUGGAAUGCUGAUAUUAAAACAUAUUCCACCACUUAAAUCCAUAUAUAAAUCUUAAAUAUGAAUAACAUGGUUGCAACAACAACAAUAAUAACAAAGUGUAGGUUUUAACAAGCAAACAGAGUUUCCCAUGGAGGAAAGUGCAAGCACCUAGAUAUGAUUCAGAUUUAUUGCACACCGGAACAAAAAUUAGAUGUAUAUGCAAAAAAUAUAGCAAAAAAGCACCUCAGCUCUUUUUAUUAAGUGCAUUUGUUGUCAUCUCUUGGGGAAAUAUACAUUAUAUCCAUGCAUCCACAGGUUUUACAGUAAAUGUGACUUUUAAAAACACAUAGACAAUGGGUUUCAAGGACAGAUCAAUUAUGCUAAGUGUCCAAGCACCAUUUUAAAAUAAAAUCACAGCUAAGAGCAUUAACCACAGCUUAAGGGCAACAUGAAUUCAAUAAUAUGCAUGAAUAUGUUUGCUUAAGGGUGAAAUGUAAAGUACUAAAGUUCAUAUACAGAAGUCUGCUAUGGGAAAGGCAGACUUCCAAAUCAAGCAUCAAUGCAUCAUUGACAUGCAUAUGUAAGUUUAGAAACCCCAUAAUUGUUAAAUGGAGUAAUUAAUACUACGUGUAAUACAAGCUUAUGCCCAUAUUUUUAAAACUUGAAAGAGUAAUUUGUUAGCAAAUUAUUCAAUAAUUAGAGUCAAAAGUAGUAAAGCAUUAGUUUCCGAAUUAUAUAAAAUCAUUGACAUGUAUAUGUAAGUUUAGAAACCCUAUGAUUGUUAAAUGAAGUAAUUAAUAUAAUACAUGCUUAUGGCCAUGUGUUUGAAACUUGAAAGACUAAUUUGUUAAUAAAUGAUUCAAUAACUAGAGUCAAAAGUAGUAAAGCAUUAGUUCCCGAAUUAUACAAAAUCAUGUUAGCCAAAAUACUUACCCAAGACAUCAUAUGGCAUCAAAUAAAGAAUUAAUUCAACUUUUGGUCCUACGAGUUUUGUGUCAAUUCCACAUUUAGUCCACGUCUUUCACUUUGUCCACUUUUGGUACUUGACUAAUGUUUUUUAACCGUUUGUGGUUCUUUUCCGGCGAUUUUAACCAUCGGAAACAAUGCGGGAAGGACCAUAUAUGGGCGAAAACACAAUAGUCAUGGAUCAAAAGUGGACAAAGUGAAAGAUGUGAACUAAAUGUGGAAUUGACCUAAAACUCGUAGGAUCAAAAGUGGAAUUUAUUCUCAAAUAAAUGGACAUGCAAAAUACCACCAAAAGAAUAUAUAAUAUGUACGACAGUGAACUUACAAAUUCAACACUUCGAAAAGGGUCACAAGUUUGAUUAAAAUCAUUAAACCAACAUAAAAACAAAUUGAUCAUGAUAUCUAUCAAUAAUAACUUGCCGCGAGAAACCAGUAAUUAAAUAUUUAGAUGGAUUUGAAGAUGGUAAGAAUGUAAGGGUUAAUAUUCACAAUUGAAUUAGGAUAACCAAAAGAGUCGAAGGGUUCACAUUCACGUGAUUCGACAAUAUGAAUUUCUAUAUUAAGGCCUUGAUGCAUGAAUGACUCAUUACCCAAAAAUCGUAUCAAACAUGAAUAUUGCAACCGCAAUGAGUGCAAAAAAGCUUCACUUUUUCCUUAAUUAACUGUGUGGUUUGUACGCCGUGAAGAUGCGGAGAACCAAAGAUAGAAGGUUUCGUUACUUGUUUCAGACGUGCACUCAAGUUUUAAAUAAGAAAAUAAAGAACAGGUAGGGUGAGGGUGGGGAAGGCAAAAUUCACAAAAGCUAAGAGAACGGAAAGAUAAAAUGUUUGGUAGGGCAUAUGAGAAAUUGUGUGAAAAAGAGAUGUCGAUCGAUUAUUUCACAAAAUGCAUCAUAAAUAUAUUAUUUGCCGUUGUAACCUCAAACUCCAUUUGGAAAGAAAUUCUAGCACUCCAGCUAGCAAAGUGAUAACGUUACGGCAUCAUCCCUUGCAUGUACACCGUGUGUCUUUCACAUAGAACUUCAUUUUCAAUGAAACUCUCAAUAAACGACAACCAUCCACCGAAGCACAAUUCAUAUUGUUAUCUUCACCUUCACCGAAAUCUCUUAUAUAAAGCAGCCACAACGCUAAACACAAAUCGACCACCAAGUAAACUUACUCUCCAAUCUCAAUGCAUUCAUGCCCUGAGCUCUCUCUCUUUUAUCUGUAAUCCAAGUUAUAUCCUUGUUUCAUUAAUCACUUCAAGGUGUGAUAAUGAGAAAUAUAAUCUUCAAAGAGCAAGGGAAAGACAUUUACACCACUCCUUCACAGAGUCUUAAAUAUGUCUGGGAUUGUGUACGAGUUCCUAUUCUUGUGCCUCUUCUUAAAUUGGCAAUGUGUAUAUGCAUAUUGAUGUCGGUGAUGCUGUUUCUUGAAAGGGUGUAUAUGGCAAUUGUAAUUGCCUGCGUUAAAUGCUUAGGGAAAAAAAGGUACACCAAUUAUAAGCUCGAUGCCAUGAAAGAUGACCUUGAGCAGAACAAGAACUACCCAAUCGUGUUGGUCCAAAUUCCCAUGUUCAAUGAAAAGGAGGUAAUAACCAUUAUUAUUUUAUACUAGUGCACUUCACUUACAUAGAAUAUAAACCAUGCUUAUCUUUUUACUCUUUUAUUCUUCACAAGGUUUACAAGCUUUCAAUUGGAGCAGUAUGUGGGCUUACAUGGCCAUCAGAUAGGCUUAUUGUGCAAGUUCUUGAUGACUCUACUAACGAAUCCCUAAGGGUAUGUUUUUGUCUAUUUUAGAUGUUUUUUAGAGGAAGGGUCAAUUCUUAUUCCUUUAAAUCAUCAUCAUCAUUACCCCAGUGCCGCAAAGGCUCCCACAGUCCCACCUACGGUGGGGUAAGGAGGUCGGAUGUACACAGUCUUACCCCUGUACUAAAGCACAGAGACUGUUUCCGGGUGACCCAUAGUGAAGAUCGCGUCAAAAAUUGCAUGGACUGACGGCUGCUUUGUAACAAAGUAGCGCAGACAGUUUAGUGAACCAUUUUGCUUUACUCCAUCAUAUUCCCAAGCCCAAAAAAUAGUGGGUCUUUGGCUCCAUUGCAAAUGAUGGAAAUUUUUUAUUCCUUUCAAUAACUGAACUAUUUAUAAUUGUGGUAAUAAAUACUCCCUCCGUCCCGUUGGAAUGUUCCCGCUUUCCCUUUUUGGAUGUCCCAAAAAGAAGUUCCCAUUUCCCUAAAUGGAAAGUUAUCCUACAUCAAAACAGUGUCAAACAGUGCAAAACAGUGUCAAAACAGGGAAAAAAAAAAUUACCCCCUGGUAAGUUUAUUUCCUUAAUAUGUGUGUAGGUCAAACCGGGAACAUUCCAACGGGACGAAGGGAGUAUAUGAAUAUGACAUCAAACAAUAUGUUACCAUUUUAUUCUUUCAUUUGAAAGAAAAAAAUCUUGAAAUGAAAAAAAUUCAUUCUCUAUCCUCCCCUCCAAUACCUAACUCCCAAAUAUAAGUAAAAAACUUGAGAGUAUUCUCUGGACUAAAUAUUUCAUUAACUUCGGUAUCUAUCAAGGUCUCAUCAGUUUGUCUUUAAGAUAACGCUUUAAGCACCAAUAUGCAGAUAUCAGUCGAAGAAGAAUGUCAGAAGUGGAUUCAGAGAGGGGUUAAUGUUAAGUACGAGACAAGGAAGAAUAGGAAUGGUUACAAGGCUGGUGCUCUACGUGAAGGUCUAAAAAAGCAUUAUGUUGAUGACUGUGAGUUUGUUGCAAUCUUCGAUGCUGACUUUCAGCCUGAAAAUGACUUUCUUUGGAGGACAAUCCCUUAUCUCCUAGAAAACCCAGAAUUGGCACUGGUGCAAGCGAGAUGGAAAUUCGGUAAGGACAAAUCUACCAACAGAAGUUUUAAAACUAUAUCAAUAGCAAUGUCCGAUAUUGCAUUGUUGGGGCAGUUAGAACUCAUUGCGCAAUGAAGAGUUAGCUUAAGAUUAUAAUACAAAUUUAAAAAAUAAGGUAUUGUCCAUAAUAGGAGUAAAAUAUGGACCAAGUUCACAAAUAUGAGAAAUUAUGUUUUAUUCCAAAAAUAUGACUUGUUUAGUCCUAGUGAAAGAAUAAAAGCAAUUAAGGUUUCUUUUUUAGGAGUGGAUGGGUCAUGUUUUGAAGGGGGGGACAAUGGUGGUACUGUUACAGGAUACAUAUCAUGUUUUAGUCCUAUUUAGAGAAUAUCCUCAAAAAAUUACAAAUACUACUAUAAAUCUUAUUAAAUUAUAUACUAAUUCUUUAAAAUUCGAUAAAUUUCAUGGUGAUUAGUGAAAAGAAACAAUAAUGAGGACAUGAACCCAUACAAUAAGUUCAAGCAUCAUAUGAUAGAAAAUAUUUCAUACUCCAUUAAAGUUUAACAUUUACUAGACUGAGGAAUGAAAAAAUUGAGUCCUCAAUAUUUAGUGGUUUAGAAGGUUAAAAAGCAAUCAAAGCCACUAUAUUUCUUUCUUUGAUUUUUCCAUAACCUUCUGUGUUUUGACAUUGAAAUUCAGAACAUUAAUUACAUUAGUGUUUCAAGGAGCGUGCAAAAAGAUGACGGAGAACUGGAGCAAUAAUUAUAAGGCUAAAGGGUCAAAUAUGUACAUGAACUAACUUAAAGUGCUCAAUUAGACCCUUAUAUAGGAGGUUCUGCCCGGCCGUCGUCAAUUGGGGCAGUUCCUGGUUGAAUUUUUUGAUGAAAAUUUUUGAGCAUCUUUUUCAUUAAGUCUAGUUUACCCAUACCAAAUUUCAACUAAAAAUUAAAUCGGGAAGACACUCAAAUGAUUUUCCGAAAUGUACUGAGUUGUUUAACUGCGGAGUUAUUUUCAACAAAUCAUUUGACUGCCUUCCCGGUUGAAUUUUUAGUUGAGGUUUGGUAUGGGUAAACUAGACUUAAUGAAGAAGAUGCUCAAAAAAAUUCAUCAAAAAAUUCCACCAGGAACCGCCCCAAUUGGCGACGGCCGGGCAGAAUCUCCUAUAUAAGGGGCUAAUUGAACACUUUAAGUUAGUUCAUGUACCUAUUUGACCCUUUAGCCUAGUUAUAAUUAUUCUAUUAACAAUAGAUGCUUUAGAAGCCAUUGUUGAACAGGAUUAGUGACUUUAAGCAAUUCAUUAAUAUUAAUUCAUAUAGCUAACCAGAAAAUCUACAAUUAUUAACUACGAAAAAAAAAAAAUAGGAUAAAUACACCUUGCGAAUGAGAAGAGAGAGGAGUUCGCAUCAUGUUAAUGUGCGUGAUAUACUAACAUACACAAAAUCUAACACAUCAUUAACGCGAAUAAAUACAUAAAUAAAAACUCACCUUGUAGUCUUAGUCUUGUGGAUGAGAAGGGAUAAGAGAGAAUGAACAGUCAUAGAAGAAAGGCGAUCAUCGCAUAAGAGAAGUGAAGAGUCUGAGAAGUUGUAAAAAAGAUUAGGGUUUUUGAGUGGGCCAAUGCCCCAACACAAUAAGUAAACCCUGAAAACACAAUUGUGUGCCUCAUGGCGUAGGCAUGUGCUAAAAAGGGCAUAAGCCUCUACUCUGGGGGUCGCCUUAAUGCGUUUGGUCCAGAAAUUGCUGAAGCGCACCGCAAGAUGCAAAGGCAUUGUACAAUUACUAACACUGAUCAUGAGUCAGUGAGUCAAAGUUGAUGAGCAUUGAACAGUACAGUUGAUAAUCCAACUGUCAAUAAUUAACUUCGCCGUUUAUCUAUAUAUAUACUUCAAGUAAAAAUGCUAUAUGUGACCCACUAUAGUCUAGUUUAUAUGUGAUUGACCCUAGUGAAAUGUCAACAGUUAAUGCAGAUGAAUGUUUUAUGACCCGGCUUCAGGAGAUGUCACUAGACUACCACUUCACUGUUGAGCAAGAAGUGGGCUCCUCAACAUGCUCAUUUUUCGGGUUCAAUGGGACUGCUGGUGUUUGGAGAAUACAUGCAUUAAAUGAUGCCGGGGGAUGGAAAGAUCGAACAACCGUGGAGGACAUGGACCUUGCAGUCAGAGCUAGCCUUAGGGGGUGGAAAUUUCUUUUUAUUGGUGACUUAGAAGUGAAAAAUGAACUUCCAAGCACCUUCAAGGCUUACAGAUAUCAGCAGCACCGUUGGUCUUGCGGUCCAGCUAAUCUCUUCAGGAAGAUGUUCAAAGAAAUCAUCCUUAGCGAGCGCGUAUCUCUAUACAAGAAAUUCCACUUGGUCUAUGCUUUCUUCUUCGUGAGGAAGAUCAUUGCACACUGGGUUACCUUUUUCUUCUACUGCAUUGUCAUGCCAGCCACUAUCAUCAUUCCUGAAGUGCAGCUCACAAAGCCAGUAGCCAUAUAUCUUCCUGCAACAAUAACAAUUCUAAAUGCAAUCUGCACAAGGAGGUCUCUCCACCUUCUUUUGCCGUGGAUAUUAUUUGAGAAUGUGAUGUCUUUGCAUCGGACUAAGGCUGCGAUAAUAGGGCUAUUAGGGGCGAACCGAGUCAACGAAUGGGUUGUAACAGAAAAACUGGGGAACACGGCUAAACAGAGGCAAAAUGGAAGAGCACCAAAAAGGCCAAGAUCCAGGUGUAUAGACAGGAUGAACCCGCUCGAGCUUACAAUGGGAAUGUACAUGCUGCAUUGUGCUUACAUUGACCUGUAUUACGGGAAGGACCAGUUUUACAUAUAUCUAAUACUGCAAGCAGCAGCUUUCUUUACAGUUGGAUUUAGUUUAGUUGGAACAUCUCCCAACUAAACCUCUGCAGGAACAUACAUAGGUUAAGAAAAGCGAACAUCUAAACUUCGGUGGUGAACAUCUAUAGGUGUGAAAGAAAAAUAAGCGUGAAAGUGUGACAUAGGAGUCACACCAGUAAUGCAGGGUUUCCCAUAGUCUGUUUUGGUUGUGCAAUGCAUCGUUGUCCAGUUUCUUUGUGUGUAAGUGUGAUUGCGUGAACGUGUUUAUGUUUUUCUUUCUUUUGAUUAAAUAAAGCUACUUUAGUGUG